AUGGCGUCCGUGGCCGCCUGGCUGCCUUUCGCCAGGGCGGCGGCCAUCGGCUGGGUGCCGAUCGCCAACAAGCCGCUGCCCGCUCCGCCUGUGACCAAGGAGCAACGCAAGCGCGAGGACGAGAAGUUCGUGAUCAACGUGAGUGGGCGCCGGUUCGAGACCUGGCGCAACACCGUGGAGAAAUACCCGGACACCCUGCUCGGGUCGAAUGAGCGGGAGUUCUUCUACGACGAGGACAGCAGGGAAUACUUCUUCGACCGAGAUCCGGACAUCUUCCGGCACAUCCUGAACUACUACCGCACCGGCAAACUGCACUUCCCCAAGCACGAGUGCCUCAUGUCUUAUGACGAGGAGCUCGCCUUCUUCGGCAUCAUCCCCGACGUGAUCGGCGACUGCUGCUACGAGGACUACCGUGACAGGAAAAGGGAGAACGCGGAGCGGCUCAUGGAUGACCGGCUGUCCGAGGCCAAUGAAGCUGACAACAUGCCCCACGCCAAUAUCCGAGAGCGCAUGUGGCGGGCCUUCGAGAACCCGCACACAAGCACUGCGGCACUGGUCUUCUACUACGUAACGGGUUUCUUUAUUGCUGUCUCGGUGUUCGCGAACGUGUGCGAAACCUUACCCUGCAGCUCGAACCAGGCCACUGGGGAGAGCAUGUCCUGCGGCGAGACCUACAAAGCCGCCUUCUUCUGCCUGGACACCGCCUGCGUCAUGAUCUUCACUGCCGAGUACCUCCUUCGGUUGUACGCCGCCCCAGAUCGCUUUUUGUACACCCGCAGCGUCAUGAGUGUCAUCGAUGUGGUGGCCAUCAUGCCAUACUACAUAGGACUCGGCAUAAAGGACAACGACGACGUCUCGGGUGCCUUCGUCACCCUCCGAGUGUUCCGGGUGUUCCGAAUCUUUAAAUUCUCUCGCCAUUCCCAAGGCUUGCGCAUCUUGGGUUACACGCUCAAGAGCUGCGCCUCAGAACUCGGCUUCCUGGUCUUCUCGCUAGCCAUGGCUAUCAUCAUCUUUGCCACAGUCAUGUUCUAUGCCGAGAAGAACGUUGAAGACACCACUUUUACCUCCAUUCCUUCCGCUUUCUGGUACACCAUUGUCACGAUGACCACACUCGGGUGA